AUGUUCGGCCGACAACAACGAAGGACGACCCAGUUCCCCAAGCGGAGCAGCUCAGGCUAUUCGUGGCCCGAGAGCGACAGCGAGGACGACAUCGUCAUCCGGCCUUGUGCCCCGAACGAGAAGUCCGACGCCUCCGUCACCAUGACCGAGUACGCCCCGGCGCCAACCGCCGCAGGAGCGGAACAGCCCUCGGGCAACCCGAGACCCUCCCUGACCGGCCGCCGCUCCUCCGUCGAGGACGCCGACCUCGAGGCCCUCUGGGAGUGCAUGCUGGAGCUGCAGCAAAAGUACCACUGCUAUAACUCGACCCGCAUGGAGAUUGCGGCCGACCGCGAGGAUGCCAUGGACAUGAUGCCUACCAAGUACUGCAUGGACAUGCUCAACGACUCCAUCGAGUCACUCCCCGAGGAGGGCUGGAAGAAGCUUAGCAAAUUCCUCGUCACCGACUUCGACACCUGCCAAAAGUCGCAAAAGUGGAAGUUUUGGAAGCACGUCUGA